AGACCUACGGAGGAAGAAGAAGAAGAAUUCCUGCUGAGUUGUCGAUAUGGUGAAUUGGACGAAGUGAAAAACUAUGUGGACAAAUUUGGUUGGGAGACUGUCGUUUUGGCCAGGGAUGAGAGAGGGAACACAUGUUUACAUAUGAUAUGUGGGAAUGGACAUUUAGAUAUACUGGAAUACCUCCUUCCUCAUCUUCCCGCCGAGCUAUUGUCAACAACAAACGAAGCAGGUUCACCACCAAUACAUUUCGCAGUGAUAAAUAACCAUACAGCUAUCGUUCGUUCAUUAGUAGAGCUGGGGGAAGAAAAUGGUGGAGGAAUAAAACUUCUCAAACAAACCAACGCUGCUGGAAAAGACGCAUUUUCCAUAGCUAUGUUCGCAGGAGAAGGGAAAGAAGAAGUGGCAGGAUGGAUAGAAGGGUAUUUAUGGAAAGUUGAAGGUGGUGAUGAGGAAGAA